AUGACCUAUCAACAAGUUCAAUAUAAAGAUCGAAUAAAAAAUGUUCCAAUUACUGUGAUUGAUAAUCAAGAAUUUGUUCUUUUAAAAGAUGUACAAGAUGAGAAACUAGUGUCGAAUAAAAUUUCUGCGAAGAAUGCUAAUAAUUCACUGUUAUUGAAUGAUAAUAAUCCAAUUAAGUAUGAAAUGGACGAAAAAGGUAAUCAAAUAUUACCAUUAAGAAUAAAAGCUUCUUCAAACGAUAUACUCACUGGAGAUUCGCCAGAUGACAGUGAUACGAAAGCUAAUGACCAAAGAAUAGUUACAACGGUAUUAGGGGGAAUGAUAGCAAGACCGAUGGACACUUUGAAAGGUUUAUUGAAAUAUUUUGUAAUGGCUAUUGCAAUGGUUAUAUACGCGUUGAGAAGUACAUUUUUUCCAUCAACACUAGUGGUUCCAAUAACGAAGGAGCCGGGUCUGCUUGAUGAUAUUAAUGAAUUGAAAAAGGUGAAUGUAGAAUAUCGUGAGAGAGAAAAAUGCUUAGACGUUGAAAGAGCAUUGAGCGCACCAGAAAUGAAAUUAUUUUGUAAUGUUGUUGAGAAAGGAUAUGAAGAUGUUAGAGCGAUAACGUUUCAAAAUUCUAUGGGGGAAAAUAGGGAAACAAUAAAAAUAUUUUCAGAAACUUUAAAAGCGAGCGCGGGAAUAUUCACUUUAACAUUUAAGAGUCAGUUGAGAGACGAUGAAAUUGAAUCUAUAGUUGUAAUAUUGAAAGAAAAUGAGAUAUUAGAAGGUGUGAUUAUGUACGGGGGUAUUUCAGAUGAGACAGCGGAACUUAUGGCUAAUGCAUUAAUAAAUAAAAAAACUGUGAAACUCAUCUUGGAUGCAGGACAAGUAUCGUUUAUGGAUGAUAAAGCUACGACAAAAAAUAAGCUCAGUUUAAUUCAGAACAAAAUAUCCGAUAGAGGUGCAAAAGCUCUUGCAGGUUUUCUUCAGGGAAAUGAAAAACUCGACACAUUCAGUCUUGCAUUGAAUGAAAUAUCAUCUGACGGAACAAAAUAUAUUGCACAGGCAUUAAGUUUGAAUCAACAUUUACUUUUCCUUAGUCUGUCUGACAAUAAAAUAUCGGAUGCCGGAGCCAUAGCCAUUGCGGAAGCAUUAAAAAUAAAUAAAAAAUUAACAAGUCUUGAUGUGAGAGGUAAUCAAAUAGGCGAUAGCGGUGCAAAAGCUUUGUUCGAUAUGCUUUCUCAAAGUACGACAGUACAAGUUUUGUAUCUUGAGAGAAAUAAAAUAACGGAUGCUAGUGCAAAACACAUAGAAAACGUUUUAUGUGAAAAUAAAACAUUGGUAAUAUUUUCGAUUAGUGAUAAUGAAAUAUCGGAAAGUGUUUAUAACGAGAUGCAUAAAAAAGUAUCUAAAGUUAAUAAACACUUGUCGUGGUGA